UCCUCCCGGAAUUUGGAAAGGAAGUGAGAAAGAAGAGAGAAAGAAAGAAAGAAAGAGAGAGAGAGAGAGUGAGAGCGAAAGGGACGGAGGGGAGGAGCAGGAGGAGCCGAGGCUGGCGGCGCGCCUGGUAUGAACUUAGAAGGCAGCGGCAACAGCGGCAGCAGCAUCGAAGGCGGCGGCAUGAGCUCGGUGAGCUGCGGCAACGGGAAACUCCGCCAGUGGCUGAUCGAGCAGAUUGACAGCUCUAAAUACCCGGGCUUGAUAUGGGAGAACGAGGAGAAGAGCAUCUUUCGCAUCCCUUGGAAGCACGCGGGCAAACAGGACUACAACCGCGAGGAAGACGCCGCUCUCUUCAAGGCCUGGGCUCUGUUUAAAGGGAAGUUCAGAGAAGGUAUUGAUAAACCAGAUCCUCCCACUUGGAAGACGAGACUCCGUUGUGCUCUGAACAAAAGCAAUGAUUUUGAAGAACUGGUUGAAAGAAGCCAACUGGACAUAUCAGAUCCAUAUAAAGUAUAUAGAAUAGUACCAGAAGGAGCAAAAAAAGGAUCAAAACAACUUAGCAUGGAAGAUCCACAGAUGAUUAUGAACAACGCUUUCACUCUGAAUUCAUCAUAUUCUGCACUACAGCCUCAGGUUCCAAACUACAUGGUACCUCAUGAGCGUAACUGGAGGGAAUACGUACCAGAGCAGUCCCAUCCUGAUCUUUCAUACCAGUGUACAAGUGUCUCUUUUCCACCUCGUAAUCAUCACUGGCAAAGUCCAUCAUGUCAGAAUGUAGGUUGUCAAGUAACUGGGACUUUUUAUGCUUGUGCACCACCUGAGACGCAGACUUCUGGAAUCCCAAUAGAGGGAAACAUCAGAACUAGUGAAGCUCUUCCCUUGUCAGAUUGUCGAUUGCACAUCUGUUUGUAUUAUCAUGAAACUCUUGUAAAAGAAGUCACAACUUCAAGUCCUGAGGGCUGUAGGAUAUCUCACGGUCAUAGCUAUGAGGUCAGUGGCAUGGACCAAGUUAUGUUCCCUUAUCCAGAAGAUCAUAACCAGAGAAAAACGACUGAAAAAUUGCUUUCUCACCUGGAAAGAGGAGUAAUACUCUGGAUGACCCACGAUGGCCUCUAUGCUAAGAGACUUUGUCAAAGCAGGAUAUAUUGGGAUGGGCCUUUGGCAUUCUGCAGUGACCGGCCUAACAAACUGGAAAGAGAGCAGACGUGCAAGCUUUUUGAUACUCAGAAAUUUUUAUCAGAAUUACAAAUAUUUGCCCACCACGGACGUCCAUUACCUAGAUUCCAGAUUGUGUUAUGUUUUGGAGAAGAAUUUCCUGAUCCACAAAGACAGAGAAAACAAAUUACAGCCCAUGUUGAACCAGUGUUUGCUAGGCAGCUGUACUAUUUUGCACAGCAAAACACCGGACCUAUUUUGAGAGGCUACGAUAUAUCAGAACAAAUAACCACUUCAGAAGAUUAUCAUAGAUCCAUCCACCAUUCCUCUGUUCAGGAAUAAACACAGGAACACUGAAGUUUGAAUUACAUUUUGAGAGGCAAAAGGAUGCAAAUCAGUGCUUCAAAUUUCCCCGAGAAAUCAUCACCAACUGGAAAUGUACAUGGAAUGGAUACAGUCAACGUAAGAAUCUAGAAUCCCGAAUGAGAGUUCUGCCAUGCUUUCGGAAAGCUGUCCUCUGCUUGUGGGAUUAAUGACAAAAUGGCUGAUAUGUUUACAUGUUCUUAAAUAAGGACAGCGUCUUAGAGACAACCUGAAAUUAUUUCAAGCCUCUUGUUAUUUAUUUGAUUUGAAAUCUCAGGGCAGGAAAUUCUAAACCUAAGUAACAGUUUACUAUGGUAUAAGGCCAUAAAAAUGCAUGCUAUUCAUAAAAAUGGGAUAAGUAUAUUAUUUUUUUAAAAGCUUCAAACAAUCGAAAUGUUGAAUGCUGUGUAUGUAGAAAAUUUAAUUUCAAGGUUUUUUUCCUCAUAAAUGUUAAAAAAGCUGUUCUGUUGCUGCUGUUUCCAAAACGCGCAUGGAUACUAAAUUCUGUGGAAUCUAUCAGAAAUCUUCCCAGGACAACGCAUUAUAUCAUUGUCCAAUAUUUAUAUCAUUAUAUCAUUUAAUUUGUAUUAAAUUCAAUAGGCUAAAUUUAUUCAUAGCAACUAUUAGCGCUGAGGUUUCAUUCCUAUAUAGACCAGAGAGUGAUUUUCAGAUGGACUUAACUUUCCCUCCUAUAAUGCUGUAUGGAACUGUAUGGAACUGACAUUAUUAUCCAUCUAGCAAUCUUCAGGCUGAGGAAAUGAACGUAUUAGAGAACUUGACCUAUUUAGUGCAUUGAUGCUUAUAUUUGAAUAUUUAAGAUUGCACAAGAGUGAAUGUGUAAAAACUGAGAGCCAAUUUGGUCUAGUGCAGUGAUGGCUAACCUUUUUGCCGUCGUGUGCUAAAAGCAGGGGAAGCGCGGGGCUGUGUCAUGCACGAGCGUGCCCGCACCCAUAUUUCAAUGCCCCACUAUGCCCCGCCUGGGCGCAUCCACGCACGCCCCCCCCCCCCCGCACCCUGUUUUGGGCCUAGCAGGCCUACCUGAAUCCUCCGGAGGCCAGAAACGGCCCGUUUCCAGACUUCCGGUAGGCCCAGUAGACCCAUUUUUCGCCAUCUCCAGGCUUUCCUGGAGCCUGGGGAGGAAAAAAAUGGCCUCUCUCCUCCCCCCAGAGACCCUCCAGAGGCGGAAACACCCUCCCAGAACCUCUGCACAAGCCCUGUACUUACCUGGUAUCCAAAACGGCCAUGUGGAGACUCCUGGGAGGGGAGGGGUGGUGUGGGAGGAGCCAGCGUGCACAUGCGCACUGGAGCUGAGCUAGGGCAAUGGUUCGCGUGCCUUCAGAUAUGGCUCCACAUGCCACCUGUGGCACGGGUGCCAUAGGUUCACCAUCACGGGUCUAGUGGUUAAGGCACCAAGCUAGAAACUGGGAAACCAUGAGUUCUGAUUCCACCUUAGGCAUGAAAACCGGUUGGGUGACUUUGGGCCAGUCACUCUCUCUCAGCCCAACCCCAGCUCACAGGGUUGUUGUUGUGGGGAAAAUAGGAGGAGGAAGGAGUAUUCGAUAUGUUCGCCACCUUAACUUAUGUAUAAAAAUAAUAAUGGCAGGAUAAAAAUACAUAAAAUUAAAAAAAAGUUAAAUUCAGACUAGGAUUGCACAUUGUGGUAUGUUUUCCUUAACUGUAGUUUAUUGAGAAAACCACAUUUUUCAUCAACUAUGCUUCAUGACUAUAAUGGUUUCCUGCUGUAUGCCAAACCACAACAAACCCCAUGAUGACUUAGGAUAUUGUCUGAACAAGUUUGAUGAACUAAUUUCAAUAUAUAGGGGACUUUAUCUGAAUAGUCAAACAGUGCUUGGACAUAGUUGACUUUAUUUCGGAGGGUUAAUGUGGAGAGAUGUAAAGAGUAAUUGUGGACCACUUGUGUACUGUUCUAAAUAGUGUAUAGAAGAAUAGAUGAAACUUGUUUUCUACUUAAAAAUAAAGGUACAUAUUUUUGAGGUACAUAUUCAGCAGUCUUCUUUAAUCGGUUGGGCUCAGUUGAUUUAGACUAGAGUUCUUAUCGCCCCUGGCCAGGGAAAACUGACCAUUUUUCACACUUAUGACCACUGCAGCAUCCCCAUGGUCACAUGAUCAAAAUUCGGAUGCUUGGCAACUGGUUCAUAUUUAUGGCAGUUGCAGUGUCCCGGAGUCAUGUUUGAAAUAGCAAAGAGAACUUUUGGAUCAAGGAAGAACACUCAAUAUGAUCUCAUUCUCUUAAAAAUAGCGGCAGGUAUUUCAGUAUCUACUACUGAAAGAUUUCUACUUUGUAAUUAAAAAUAUACUGAACUUGAAUAUUUAAUCAGGAAUGUAUUGUAUAGUUAGUCAGUUGGCACUAGAUUCCUGAAUUUAUACAUCUUAAAGAUGCAUGAUGCCUUGGGAUAUAAUAUCCAUUUCUUUCUUCUCCCAGAAAAUUCCUUAUUAUCUGACACAUUUUUCCUGGAUAUAGUUAGUUACAGUCCUUAGCACAUAUUGGGAGUAAACAAAUUGAAUUCAAUGGAAGUUAUAUCUCAAUAAACAUGGAUAGGUUGCACUAUUAAAUCUCUUUAAGCUUGGAAAAUGAUAACGAUAACUCCACAUAGCUCUUUGAAUCUUUUCAUGUUUGUUUGUUUGAUGGUUUCUUUGAUAUGUCAGUAUACAUUUUUAAUCCAUUUAGGCUACAAGCCUUAUUCCUAUACGCCUAAAUACAUACGGUAUUUCUUGUGCUCUUAGCAUUUAGUUUCUCCUAUUGGCUGCUUCAUGUAAUUAUAUAUCAGAAUUAUAUCUGUUAUGCCAAGAUGAAGCUCAGACUGUUUAUAGUUUCAGGGGAACACUUUGUAUUAUAUGUAAGAGAGAUUUAUGUGACUAGAACAAAUGUUGACCUAAAAUAAAAAAUUUGGAAGUU